CUCACCGACCCUCUCUCCCUCCUUCCUCCUUCCUUCCUCUCUCCCUCCAACAAAGACCCAGAAAAAAAAGCACUUCCUCUUCCUCUCACACAAGAUAAAGGAAGGGAAAGGCCACAAGAGGAAGAAGAAGAGGAGUCUACGGGAGAAAUGAAGCCCAACCUGAGGAAAGAUGGGGUUUGUGGAGGAAAUGCAGGAAAUGGUGGAGCUUCCCCUCCACUCCCCCUCCCCUGUUUUGAUGUGAAGCCAUUCAUUGCCACCCUUGUAGUUCUCACCCUUCUCAUGGCCAUGUGGCAGCUCCAACCCUACGAAUCCCUCCUCUCCUCUCGCCCCUCCUCUUGCCCUCUCCCCAACUCCACUCUCCCACUCUCAAAAUCCAAGCUUUCCUCCUCUCCUGUUCCCCCUGUUUCCAACUCCACCCCUGCAGUCCAAAAAGCUCCCGUUUUUAUCCCGCCACCGGACCCAAAUAAGAGAGUUUUCCGGGCCUACGGCAGCGCCGCCGCGCUCUUCGUCCAGAUGGGCGCCUACCGCGGCGGCGCCACCACCUUCGCCGUCGUCGGCCUCGCCUCCAAGCCCACCCACGUCUUCGGCACCUCUUGGUUCAAAUGCGAGUGGGUUUCCAACAACCCCUCCGUCGCCCCCGUCCGCGCCAAGGCCUACAAGAUCCUCCCCGACUGGGGCUACGGCCGCGUCUACACCGUCGUCGUCGUCAACUGCACCUUCCCUUACAACCCCAAUUCCGACAACGCUGGCGGCAAGCUUCUUCUCCACGCCUACUACUCCACCACCUCUCGCCGCUAUGAAAAGUUCGUGGCUUUGGAGGAGUCUCCAGGCUCCUACAACGAAUCCCAUUACCAGCCACCGUUCCAGUAUGAAUACCUCUACUGUGGCUCCUCCUUGUAUGGGAAUUUGAGUGCUAGCAGGAUGAGAGAAUGGAUGGCCUACCACGCUCACUUCUUUGGUCCCAAUUCCCAUUUCGUCUUCCACGACGCCGGUGGCAUCCGGCCGGAGGUGAAGGCAGUGCUCGAGCCGUGGGUGAAAGCUGGGCGGGCGACGGUGCAGGACAUCCGUGCGCAGGCGGAGUAUGAUGGCUACUACUACAACCAGUUCUUGGUGGUGAAUGAUUGCCUCCACCGGUAUCGGCACGCCGCCAAUUGGACCUUCUUCUUCGAUGUCGAUGAGUACUUGUAUUUGCCGGAGGGGCGGACGCUGGCGUCGGUGCUCGACAAGCUCUCAGGGUAUACUCAAUUCACCAUUGAGCAGAAUCCUAUGUCAAGUAAGCUGUGUGUGCUGGAUCCUAAGAAGGACUACUCCAAGGAAUGGGGCUUUGAGAAGCUGGUCUUCCGGAACUCAAUCACCGGAGUGCGGCGAGACCGUAAAUAUGCCAUUCAGGCGAGGAAAGCAUACGCCACCGGAGUUCACAUGUCGGAGAAUGUCAUCGGAAAGACGACCCACAAGACAGAGGACAUGAUCCGAUACUACCACUACCACAAUUCCAUCAACGUGUUGGGAGAGCCAUGCAGGGAAUUCAUUCCUUUGCCACCCAAAGGCAAUGUAACAUGGUUUGAGAAGAUCCCAUAUGUGUAUGAUGAUAAUAUGAAGCGUAUAGCCGGCACCAUCAAGCAGUUUGAGAAGGAAACAAUUGGAUCCAUCAGAACGUAGCCAUCACCAAAAACUCGGCAAAUCGUUUCAGCAUUCUUUGAGGGUGCCCUGGAGUAGUACUGAAUCUUCUCUGAAGUCUUAGCUUGCUUUCUCCUGGUAUUCUGGUAGAGGAUCCUCCAAACAAUACUGGGGAAAAAGGAGGUAAAGAAUGGGGAAGGAGAAGGAAUGCUGGAGGACCCCAGAUUGAUGUGUAAAGAUGUGGUUGUUCUCAUACUCUUUAGGCUUCUGUUGAUUUGGUUUCCCUCACC